UUCAUUUAAAUGUGUACCUUGCACUCUCACGAAGCCCAGGGAUCAUGAGAUUCACCACAGAACCAGCGGAUGCCGCAGAGUUACCAAAGAAGUUCACGUUCAACCCAAAAGAAGGGAUUGACAACCCCGCUUUAGUAAUCUCUGAUGACAAAGAGGCUGAUGUGCAUCCGCGGCUGUGUGUUCUGAAGCGGGAAGAGGGUCAGGGCUUCGGCUUCUACCUGAGUAAGGAUGCUGGCUGCAGGGGACAUGUGGUGCGCCAGGUGGAGUCUUGGAGCAGCGCAGAGUGGGGUGGGCUGAGGAAGGGGGACCGUAUUUUGGAGGUCAAUGAGGACUUUGUGGAUGACAAGGAGCACUCGACUGUGAUGCUGAAAGUGCAAGCGUCUGGGCUGAAGUUAUAUCUGUUAGUGCUGACUGCUCAAGAUUAUGAGUUUGCGGUUUCGGAGGGAAGAGACCUCAUGUCGCUCACCAGCGCUUACCGUCAUAGAGAGGGCAAUUCUCGCCCACGGUUAUGUUACAUCACUAAAGAGCCUGGCAGUGGCUUGGGCCUCAGCAUCAUUCCUAUUGAAGGUGAGCGAGGCCGUUAUCGUCUCAGCUCAGUGACUGAUGGUCCAGCUGAGAGAGCAGGAGUCCAGAAUGGAGACAGGCUGAUUUGGAUCAAUGGAGCUAUGAUUUCAGCACUCAGUUAUGCAGCACUUUCAAAAAUGGUGAAGAAAUGUGAAGAGCAUGUGACUGUCUUGGUAGUUGACAGCAGGAGUGAAGAUUGUUAUAAUCGUAUGGGAUUACCCAUAAUUCCUGCUUUCGCCAAAACUCAUAAUCUACCCUACAGACCAAAAACACUACACCUGACUCAAGGACCACAAGGAUAUGGGUUCCUCUUAAGGCAAGAGAAGUUACGAUCUGGACGCACUGCUCAUGUAUUACGAGAGAUCGACCCCUGCAGCCCAGCUGAGGCUGCAGGAAUGGAGGAUGGAGAGCUUGUGCUAGCGGUAAAUGGGGAGCAGGUGGAGGAUGCAGAGCAUGAGGGCAUCGUCAGCAAAAUACGGCAAAGCGGCCAGCAGGUCACCCUAACCACCAUCUCCAUCCCUGGCAGAGACUAUUACACACAGCUGGAUAUUUCUCCAUUGCUGUUCUAUGAAGACAAUAUUCCAAAAAGGGAACAAUUCCUUAAACCUCCUUUGCCACAUCAAGAGGGACACCAAAAUCCUCGACUUUGUGUGCUUCACAAGGAGGGUGCUGGAUUUGGCUUCAAACUAGGCUGUGUUCAGAAUAAGCCUGGGACGUAUAUCGGUCAGGUGAUGACGUUGAGUGCAGGAGAGAGAGCUGGGCUCUGUGAGGGGGACGUGGUUGUAGAAGUCGAUGGACAGAAUGUGGAGGAAGAGUAUUUUGAUGAUGUGGUGAGGAUGAUAAAAGAGGGAGCAACUCCUCUCAGGCUGCUAGUCGUGGAGGGACUGGGAUAUGAGAAACUGAGAAACACCAGACAGACCGUUCCAGAUGCUACACAAGAUGAUUUUGUAUGAAUUAAUAUAGUCAGGUAAAACAUUUAGUUAACUUAUUAAUUUAACACUUCCUUUAAAAUUAUAAUUUUUUUUAAAAAUAACAUUUAGUCAUUUAAAUAUAAUAUAAAACUACAUACCAGUAAACUGCCUUUCCCUUCUCUCUGGCAGAGAUCACAAAUACUGUCUAUGUGGCUAAUUUACACUAUUUUAAACACUAUUUUAAAGUUUGUCUUAUGUCGUGCAAAAAUAUUGACAAAGGGUAAAAAUGUUUUUCCAAAAAAAGCAAAUCAUCUUGUCAAUAACCACAUGUAUUAUUGAAUCAGUGUCAUUGUUAAGCGCAACCACAACAAUUUUGAGUACAAAUGUAAUAUAAAAAUUAUGGUAGCUGAAGUAUUUGUGUAGAAAAAGUGAUUUAUAUUGUAUAUAUGUAUAAGUUUUAUUUCAAAAAUAUUCUGACAGAGUUGAAGCAUGAGUAAAUUUACCUUUCUGUUCUAACCAAAUUCUGAAUAUAAACAGAUUUAUAUUCAAGAAUGCAAAUCACAUGGAGUCAGUUAUUAAAUGUAUAAAGUUUGCUCUAUGCACUACAUUACUAAUAAACUAUUGUCAUGUUUUUUAAACCUCAA